AUGCGUAAAACGAGUGGAAACGCCAUCCCUGCCACGUCCACUAACGCUGGAGGGUGGCGGAGGGCAGACAGACGCCCGUGGGCGGCCGCCGCGCACGUGGUGCACGGCCCCCGCGGAGAGCAGCGGACGGAGCCGUGCCCGCGCGGUGUCCUGCUCGACCACAGCCGGCGGCACCGGACCGCGUUCACACGCGAGCAGCUGUCCCGGCUGGAGCAAGAGUACGGCAAGGAGAGCUACGUGUCCAGGCCCCGGCGCUGCGAGCUGGCCACAGCCCUCAACUUACCGGAGACGACCAUAAAGGUGUGGUUCCAGAACCGGAGAAUGAAGGACAAACGGCAGAGACACUCCUUGCCGUGGCCCCACCCUCUCGUCGACCCCCUGGGGGCGCUCCUGAUGGGCCGUGCCUCUCCUUGCUCCACCUUGCCGUACCCUUUCAUCCCGCCCCACCUCCCACUCCACCACCACUACCCCCUGGCUCUCUCUUCACCGGCGUCCUCGGCCCCCAUGCGGACCCUGGAUGCACUCCGCUUUUCCCAGUACCACAACAGACAUGGGGGGCUACCUCCAACCACAGCAGCCCUCUACCCCUCCACCAGCCUCUUGCACCAUCCCGCCUCGUGUCCGUGCCCCCUCUGCCUGCACUGGGGACCAGAACAGCUGCUGAAAGCCAGAGCCGAGGCACUGAGACUAAGUCAGCCCCGUAGUCCCAAGGCCAACAUACAGCCUGGGGGUCUGGAGCGGAGAGAAGAGAUGGUGUAA